UUCUAAUUUAUCAUUGUUGAAUUUAAAUUAAACGCCAAAUUAGGAGGCUAUAAAAAAAUACAUAUUUUUUGUAUUUUAUUCAUUUGAAGGUUCAUGCAUCGUAUGAAACUGCCGGCGGCUGUUGAACCGUAGCCAUCCUUGUUAGGUUGGACUUCAUCCAACGGCUGACAUCUUCCCGCACACCUAAUUAACUUACCGUCAAAAUGAAAGUCAAUUAAACCGCCGGCGAUCUCAAAAACCAACAAAUCAGGAAAAAUAUUUGAAGAAUUCCAAUCUCUUUAGUCAAAUUAUUCAAAUAAAUCUUCUUAUCAAUCCAAAUAACUUCAAAAACUCCCUCUUUUCCUCUGUAAUUCUAACUUUGUUGAGGCUCCUGCAACUUUUUUUUUUCAGCUUCCAUGGCCGUAUCUCCUCAAGCAUUCCCGCCAAGAAAACGGCGGCCAUCUGCUGCUGCGUUCGUAUCUCCCAACCUGUCAGACGUCGGAUUGGUUCAAUCUCUUCUUCUUUUGUCGCAAGAAAUUUCUUCCCUGAAACCUCUCAAUUUUAUUCUAAAACGCUAUUCUCUGUCGAUCAUCCGCAAAUCGGAGCUCCUUGCGAUUUUGUUUGAGGAGAUUCUGAAGGUUGAAUCUCUGAAUCUGUCUACUUCAACUCUCCUCUGCUUCGAGGAAAUGUAUAUAGUCCUGCAGAGAAUGAAGACUGUGAUCGAAGACUGUUCUAAUGGGAGCAGGACGUGGCUGCUCUCGCAAAACGAAUCGGUAGCCAACAGUUUCCACGAGUUGGUACUGGACUUGUCGACUCUUCUGGAUAUCCUUCCCGUUCGCGAAAUUCAUUUGAGCCAGGAUGUGGAAGAACUAGUGCUCCUGAUGAGAAAACAGUGCGCCGAAUCAAAGGCUUAUGUAGAUCCAGUAGAUAGUAAUCUCAGGCUCCGGGUGCUAACCAUGCUGGACGGUAUCAAAAGCGAGAUAGUUCCUGAUCGUUCCGAGCUCGCGCUGAUUUUCCGUGAUUUAGGAUUGCUUGAUUCUUCAAGUUGCAGAGAGGAAAUCGAGAGCCUAGAAGAGGAAAUCAAAAGCCAAUCCGAUAAGAAAUCAAAAUCAGAAGCUGUUGCUUUGAUCGGACUCGUUCGUUACGCCAAAUGCGUCCUGUUCGAAUCAUCAUCUGCUCCUAGAUCCGAAUUUCGCCGCCGGAAAUCGUUGUCGGAGCUGAAUAUCCCGUCGGAUUUUCGGUGCCCUAUCAGCCUCGAGCUUAUGCGGGACCCAGUAGUCGUGGCGACUGGACAAUCCUACGAUCGGGAGUCGAUCAACUUAUGGAUCGAAUCAGGACACAACACGUGUCCUAAAACAGGUCAGACCCUGGCUCACACCAAUCUCAUUCCCAACUGUGCUCUCAAAAAUCUCAUCGCUAUCUGGUGCCGUGAGCAGAGAAUACCUUUUGAAACGGCAGCCGUUAACGACAAACUUAACGGCGUCGUAACAAACAAGGCGGCGUUAGAGGCAACGAAGAUGACGGUAUCGUUUUUGAUCGACAAACUUUCUGCUUCUCAGUUAGUGGAGACGGCUAACAGCGCCGUUUACGAGCUUCGGGUCCUUGCCAAAACAGACUCGGAUAGCCGAGCCUGCGUAGCCGAGUUAGGGGGUAUCCCCAUGCUUGUCCGCUAUCUAGGUGCGGACAUAGGUUCGAUCCAUCCGAAUCUGCAGGUCAACGCGGUAACUACGAUUCUAAACCUUUCCAUCCUGGAAGCCAACAAAACGAGAAUCAUGGAGACUGACGGAGCUUUAAACGGCGUGAUAGAAGUGCUGCGUUCGGGGGCCACGUGGGAGGCAAAAGGUAAUGCGGCCGCCACCAUUUUCAGCUUAUCUAGCGUGCACGAGUAUAGAAAGAAGCUGGGGAGGAAGACACGUGUCAUAAGGGGAUUGAUGGACCUGGCGAAGGAUGGGCCCACCAGCGCCAAAAGAGACGCGCUAGUGGCAAUUUUGAAUUUAGCAGGAGAGAGAGAGACUGUAGGAAGAUUAUUAGAAGGUGGGGUGGUGGAGAUGGUGAGCGAAACCAUGAAUGGGUUGCCGGAAGAGGCGAUUACGAUUCUGGAAGCGGUGGUGAAGAGAGGUGGACUAAUGGCGAUUGCUGCAGCUUACAAGAUAAUUAAGAAAAUGGGAAUGGUAUUAAGGGAAGGAUCGUAUACUGCAAGAGAAAGUGCAGUGGCAACUCUUGUAACAAUCUGCCGGAAGGGGGGAUCGGAGAUGGUUGCGGAGAUAGCGGAGUUGCCGGGAGUGGAGAGAGUUAUAUGGGAAUUGAUGGGAACGGGAACCAUGAGAGCUAGAAGGAAGGCGACCACUCUGUUGAGGCUUCUUCGUAGAUGGGCGGCAGGUUUGGCUUCUCAACAUCUUACACAUUCACAGAAUCUUCCUGUGAGUUCAUCUAGCAUGCUGCUGCCGAGCUAAGUUUUUCUUUUUUUCCUUUUCAUUCUUUCCUCUUCUUUAUUUUUCUUUGAACUUCAAUUUUUUAAACUGUAAAGUUGUCCAGUAAUCCAUGAUCUAGUUCUCUUGUGUAAAUCAGUAUAAAGUUAUUAUGCAAGAACAUUUAUUUUCUUACA